UUGCCUAACCACCUUCUAGGUUUAGUUGUAGAGAAACUUGCGUCGGAUGACUAUUUGAGAUUCAGUCUUGUUUGUAUGUCAUGGAGUAGUGUAACAAAGGAUAAUCCUCAACGGCCAGCCCCAAUGCUCUUCGUUUCCAGUAGUGGCAAACAGGAUACAUGGAAUGUAUACAACGUCGAGAAGGAUAAGGUUUAUGAUUUACAACUAAGGUUACCGAACAAACGAUUUUGUGGGUCUUCAAAAGGAUGGCUUGUAACUGUUGAUGAAACUUUCACGGUGACCUUAAUGAAUCCGUUCGCAAUGAUUCAAGGAUGUGAAGAAUAUGAAAGUUCAGUUAUUCGCCUUCCUUCCAUGAUGCCUCCUCAUCCUCAGCGUGUCAAGUAUUGAGCUCGGCGAUACGAUUGUUAUGUUGACAAGGCUACAAUUUCAGCAGAUCCGGUUUUAAAUGCAGAUGAAUGUGUUGUUGAGGUCAUAUUCAGGGAUGGUUAGCGAUUGGCUUCUAUUAGAUUUGGUAAAGAUAAAACUUGGACGUAUAUAUCGUGAACAUAAGACGUGGCACUUCAUUGAUGAUGUUGUUCAUGUUGGAGAUAAAGUUUACUGCGUCGAUACGUCUGAUGGAAUUAACCUUUCUGUAUAUGAGGAUUGCAAUAGUCUGGAGGAGUAUAAAAUGAACAGGUGGUAUAAUUCUAUUGGGUCACAUAAUAUGGUCAGCAAGUUGGGUACUCCCAAGUAGUAUCCAAUUCUAAUUGUGGAGUUAUUCCUAUUCUUUAGGGGACUAAACUGCCUGCACAUUGGUUCUCUCCGUAUAAACCUUAGAAUCCUUCAAUCUUCUCCUACGUUUUCUCACCCAAAAAAAAAAAUGUAGAACCAAAAGCCUUUUCUGAGAGCUAUGGAUUCAGGUAUAUUGGAAAAAUUUGCCUAACCACCUUCUGGAUUUAGUGUUAGAGAAACUUGCAUCGGAUGACUUUUUGAGAUUCAGUCUUGUUUGUAUGUCAUGGAGUAGUGUAACAAAGGAUAAUCCUCGACGGCCAGCCCCAAUGCUCUUAGUUCCCAGUGGUGGCAAACAGGAUACAUGGAAUGUAUACAACGUCGAGAAGGAUAAGGUUUCUGAUUUACAAUUAAGGUUGCCGAACAAACGAUUUUGUGGGUCUUCAAAAGGAUGGCUUGUAACCGUCGAUGAAACUUUCGCGGUGACCUUAAUGAAUCCGUUCGCAAGGAUUCAAGGAUGUGAAGAGAAUGAAAAUUCAAUCAUUCGCCUUCCUUCACUGAUGCCUCCUUGUCCUACACGCACUAUGUACUGGGCUCGACGAUACGACCGUUAUGUUCACAAGGCUACCAUUUCAGCAGAUCCGGUUUUAAAUGCAGAUGAAUGUAUUGUUGAGGUCAUAUUCGGGGAUGGUUAUCUAUUGGCUUCUGUUAGACCUGGUAAAGAUAAAACUUGGACCUAUCGUGAACAUAGGAAGUGGCACUUCAUUGAUGAUGUUGUUCAUGUUGGAGGUAAAGUUUACUGCGUCGAUAGGUCUGAUAGACUUAACCUAGAUGGGAAAAUUAUUGAAGAACGUAUAGUUCGCAAGAGAUAUCUCGUGGAUCUCAACGAGAAAGAAGUUUUAAUGGUGAAAAGGUGCUUCAGGAUGGAAAAAAAAGAAGGGAACAGACACCCCAGCUUUGUGACACAAAAAUUUGAAAUUUUUAGAUGGAACUUUGAAGAAAGUAAGUGGAUCGAGAUGACAAGUUUGGGUGAUGUUGCUCUCUUUGUGGGGGCAAACGAUUCGGCAUCUGUUUUGACCUCAAAGUUACCAGGAUGUCAGCCGGAUUGCAUAUACUUCAACUCAGAUUGGCAUUGUGUAGAAUGGAAUCGCCAAGACUAUGGUGUGUAUAACUUAAAGACUCAAAGCAUUUCAAAGCCUUACGCUCCACAUGCAUUGACACUACUGAAUAUGGCCAAGCAAAAAUCAAUCUGGUUUCUGCCUACUCUUCGGUCAUGAAUUAAUGCUCCUUCCAUCUCUUCUUCUUUUACUUUUCUUCUAUCUGUAACUUGAUGGUCUUACUCUUGUUCUUCUUCUACUAUUAUUGUAAUUUCCAGAUGCAAAUUUUAUUGUUGAAGGUUUUCCUUUGGGAUUGUAGCUCUAUUA